UUAUGGCCGACUCUCCGACAAAGGGCGCUGAGUCGCUAGCCUCGGCGGGGCUGCCAUCGAGCGACGACGGCGGGCUAGCCUCGGCGGGGCUGCCAUCGAGCGACGACGGCGGGCUCGCCGUCGUCGAGAGAGCGUGGUCGUGCCAGCUGGGGACGGAACAGCGCGAGCUGAAGGGUGAGGACCGGUUUGCCUCGCGGCGGCUGUACGCUACGCCGGAGGACAUGGAGGCAUCCGUCCACUCGGUGCACUCCACGCAGGGCAAUUCGCGGCAGGUGGUGGUGGGCCAGGAGGACAUUAUCGUCGUCCUGGUCGCCGACGGACACGGAGGCCGCCAAGCCUCGCAGUACUGUCGCGACCACCUCCUCGACUACUGGGUCGAGCAGGCGGCGGACGACCCGUGCUCGGAGUCCCUGCUCAAGGCGUCCGAGGCGUCGUGCGAGCGGGUGCACCGGGAGAUCAAGAGCUUCACCACGGCGGGCUCCACCAUCACGAUCGUCGCCCUCAACCUUGUGCGCGGCGAGCUCUCUGUCGCAAACCUCGGAGACUCGGAGGCGUGGCUGGUGCCGCGGGGCGCGGGCGCGCCUAUCCGGCUGACUGAGGACCACCGCCUCGACUCGUCCGAGCCGGAGCGGGCGCGCGUGCUCGCUAUGGGCGGCCUGAUCGCCCACGCCAAGAACCGCAACGGCGACCCCGCCGGCCCGCUCCGCCUCUGGCCGGGAGGCAUCGCCCAGGCGCGCGCCGUCGGCGAUGCGGACGUCGGAGACUACGUGAUGGCGACGCCGUACACGCAGACCGUCGCGGUUCCUCCCUCGGGCGGGGACGUUGUCAUCGCGUCAGACGGAGUCUGGGACGCGAUCCCCUGCAGCGCCGUCGCCCACGGUCUCCGCCUCACCAAGGGGCAGCACGCAAGGAGCGCCGCCAAGGCCGUCGUCGACAUCGCAAUCAACCAGAGGCACGCUUACGACUGCGACGGCUACACUAUCCCUCGAGACGACACCACCUGCUCGGUGAUGCGCAUCCGCAGCCUCGGCACACCCGCCGAAAGCGAAGGCGCAUGCUGCGUCAUCGGGUAGCUGCGCGGGGCGCCGCUGCAAACCUAUACGUGCACAUGACCCUCUCCCUCUCUGUCCAUGCGUCGUCUGCCAACCCUUGUGUAUACUUGCUCCCUCUCUGCGCAUGCCAGGGUGCGCGCACCGCGGCUUUCACCAGCUGAUUGUGUCACACAUUUCCUCUUUCGCCGCGAGCUACACGACUGCGCAAGAAUGUGUG